ACGGGUCGGACGAGUUCGCGCGCUAACCGCUGAUUCGGUACACUCGAAAUCGGACGCUAAUAAAAACCUACAACUUCUAUAUUUAAAUAACUUUAAACUCCUAAUAAAAAUAAUAUUUCAUUGUCACUUGAGUGCGAAACAAACCGUUCACGAUGAGGCUCGUUGCCGGCUGGGCGAACCAGAUGCGCAAUUUUCCGUUAUUCCGGCCGAUCAUUCUGUCGAUGCUAAUGGCAUCUUACCUGGCGUUUGGCGCGUCUGUGUUCCAGUUGAUAGAGCAGCCUAUAGAGCAUCGUCUGCAGGAAAAGGUCGACCAUCUCAAAGCCGUAUUCCUCGAGAAGCAUCCUUGCAUCACAGGUCAGUGA